UAAUUCUCUCCCAGCUUUUGUAAACAGAAGCAUUGCAUUUUGGGCAAUUAAUGAGCGUCCUUAUGUACUUGAGACUUACAUACCAAGCGCUGAUGCUGUCCACGAAAUGCAGUGCAAAGGAAAGCGAGUAUUAACUGUUUUUGUGGAAGAGAAUGAACUUGAUCAGCGCUGGAAAGACGCCUACCCUCCAUAUGCUGAGCACAAUGUCUUGUCUUUUGUAGUUCACGAUAUUCAACACAUGGAAAAGUUUAUGCAAAAUGAGUUUUACUACGAGCAGAUUGGAUUUUUUAAUUGCCUUAAAAAAAUUCCAGAAGGCUUUUUUAAUAGUCUGUCAGUAGGGUUCUCAUCUGAUUUUGAUCACGUGAGGGCGGACAUGAACGCUUGUUCUAUACAUCUUUUGGCGUUCUUCAAAGCCAAGUGGAUGCAUGCAGAACUUUUGAGCACUGCAGCCAAUAGUUCGUAUUAUAAAGCGGCCCCACAAGAUUUUAAGUUUAUAAGAAUGUCGCUACACGAACAGCUUAUUUGGGAAAGAGAUAAGUUUGAUAAGAUAUUAGACUUAUGGAACUGCUCUCCGUUUGUUAGAUGGAGCUGCCAUAAGAUCUGCUACCAAAUGAGCGAAGAAGAAGUCCGUGCUAUUCGAUUAUUCUUCGCUCAAAUUGGUAAGCAGGCAGUGAAUAAGGCUGAAGCUAGUGGCGUUGUCGAUCUUUCUGUGACUUACAGCUAUAUACCAAAGCAUAGAAGAAAGCAAGCUCCUUACCGUUUAAUAUAA